AUGAAUUUAAUAGUACAAAUUAUUAUCCUUGGAAUAAUUUUUAUUAUUUCAUCAAAAUUAUUACGUCGAAAACAACAAUUAAACAUAAAUGAGCCACCGUUAGUACCCUAUAAAUACCCAAUAAUCGGGCAUACAUUCGAUUAUUAUAGAGAUACAGAAAAAUUUAUCAAUAAAUGUUGUGAAGAAUAUGGAGAAAUAUUUUCGUUAUAUGUAUUUGGUAAAGUGAUAACCUUUGUGGGCAAAGAACUUUCUCCCGAAGUUUUCAGGAGUCACAAAGAUUUCAAUUUUGAUAUUGCAUUCAAAGAAAAAUUUCCCUUGGAAAGAUUCAUGAAUCGCCCGGAUAAAUUUUUUGCCCCUUUACCUAAAAUAAUAUUUACCUAUUUAUCACAAUCAUUACCAUCAUAUACUGAAAGGGUUCAAAAGACACUUAUUGAGGCUAUUGAUGAAAUAAUCGGCGAUGGAAAGGUCAUACAAAAGCCUUUGAAUACUUUUCAAUUAAUCAUCGCAAGACCAAUCGCAGCAUCUUUAAUUGGUGAAGAAUUUUCUGAUGAUAAAGAAUUGGUAAAUACUGUAGCUUAUGCUGCAAGUGAUUUUAUUCCAUUCUUAUCGAUUCCACCAUUUUUAAGUUUCAUUCAUCCGUUGUUACACAAGGAAUUUUUAGUGGAAGUGAUUAAACGAAAGAUUUCACCUGUAGUCGAAAGAAGAUUAAGCAGCAUGAAAACGAACAAAUCCUAUGUUCCUCCUGUUGAUAUAUUACAAAAAUUUAUUGAACUUUUAAGUCAAGAUUAUACAGUCGAUAUUGAAGUUUUAACUGAUUAUGUUAUUACCGCCAUAUUUGCUGCGGUGCAUACAACUUCAUCUUUCCUCACCAAUUGUUUACAUCAAUAUGCAAAUUAUCCACAAUUCCAAAAAGAAUUAUUGGAAGAACAAGAACGAUUAUUACAAAGUAAAAAUGGAAAGACCUAUUAUACUUCUAAAGAAAUUGAUAAUUUGGUUAAUCUGGACAGCUUCUUUAAAGAAACCUUAAGAUUAACCACAAGUAUAGUUUACUUUGAACAUAUGACACUUAAUUCUCAUUUUACCUUUUCGAAUGGUUAUCAAGUUCCAAAGGAUCGAUUCGUUUAUAUUCGAUUACAAGAAGUUCAUCGUGAUGAAGAAUUACAAGGUCCAAAUCCAAAGGAAUUUAACCCUUUCCGUCAUCUAGGAAAAUCACCUGCAACAAACGUAGCAAAAGACUUUCUCGCAUUUAGUUUUGGUAAACAUGCAUGUCCAGGCCGAUAUUUCGCUGCAAGUGAAAUUAAAACCGCUUUACAUUAUUUAAUUUUAAAAUAUAAUAUUAAAAAUCUUGAUGGUAAAAAAGUUUAUCCACAAAUCAAGGGUCCUUUCAGAUUUUCUAGUGAUGAAGGAGACUAA